GCUGUGUGUGGUCUUUGUGAUUUUUUUGUAGGCGUUUCUCUUUCCGAAGAAGCAGGACGCCAGGUUGCCUAAUGGUGUGGUAGACAAGUAGCAGAAGGUGCCAAGUUCUAGAUCGUGUGUACGGUGAACUGACAGCAAGCUACUGUGAUCUGGAGGAACGCGCAAAUUCAGCGCUUGUUUUGGCUGGCCGUCGUUGGGGGUGCGUCAAUUGGAACAUUGUUUUGUAGGUCGCCCUACCCAAAAUCUAAUCGGAGUGGCCGGCUACGAUGGCAGAAACAACUUCCUCCCAGAACGUGCGGCUGGUGGCCGUGAGCCUAAAGAAGAGCUACUCUCCAUCGAAAGUGAAAUCAAAACUCCUUCGCUCGAUUCGGCUCUCGGAGAGACGCGAACAGAAAGCUCCGCCUAUUUCUCAUCCUCUUAGCCAGUGGAGGGAUCGCGUCCACACUCUCCCGGACUUACCAGCCAGUCAAGUGAAACAGGUUGUAUCAAACUCACGGUACAUUGUGUUUCUACUAUCUGAUGGUCGAGUUUGUAGACUGGCAGUCACGUCUUCAGCUAGUAGGAGGAACGAUGCCCACGACAAUGAGGGUACAAGUAAUAUCUUAUCGGGCCAUUUUUUUGGAAAUUUCGGGCCAUUUGUUUUUGGAAAUUUUGAGGGGAGA